AUGCACAUAAUUGUGGAUGAACUCAGUUUAAUCAGGGAUGAGCCAGUAAGAGUCAAGAUUAAUUGCAGAAAUCCCUCAGCUAUAAGGUGUGACAUAGAAGUUUUCUUCAACAAGGUGGGGCAUGAGAUUAGGUUCACUGUGGAGGAUGCAGUUGGUAAAGGCCCAGGGCCUAAAGGGGGUCCUCUUGGUCCAGGGAGAAAUGAAGAUGGCCAAGGUAAGAGAGAUAAGUGGAGGCCUGAUGAUCCUAGUGGUGGAAAGAAGAAUGAUAAAUUCAAUAGUAUGGGUAGACUUGAUAGGGAGUCCGGUCAUGGAGAGGUUUAUCAUCCAAAAGCAGGCCUAGUGCAGAUUUCUGGUAGCUUGGAAAAGAGUGAGAUAGGUUCUGAUAAGAUAUGGGAUGCUACUAGUCAAUUUCUGCUUGAGGGAGCAAACACUGAGGAACAAAGGAGAGAUAAUCAAAGAAAACUAGUAGCUGGAGAGGAAAAGGAGAGUUUGCUAUUCAACCAGGAUAAGAUACCUGCUGGACAGAUUGUGAUUCAUGGAGCUUCAGGCCCUUAUCUCAUGGAUAGAGAUAAAUGGCCAAAUCUGCAGCUGCCUCAGAAUAUUGACUCACAAAAAUCUAAUGAGGAGAUGUUAGAAGGUACAGAAAUGGUCAUUGAUCAGAGUCAAGAUGAUUCUAACCUGAACCUUAAUAGUGAAGCUGAGGAUAAGAGAAAGCCAAAAGAUGGGACAGUGGUUUCUCUCCUGGACUCUGGAAAUGAAGAAGAGGAAACUAUUAAAGAGAGCUUCGCAGAUAAGGAGUUAUUGGAUUUGGUUGGGGGUAGAGACUUCACCUGGAAGUGGUCCCCAGCUAAAGGAAAAUCUGGAGGCUUGCUUAUAGGAGUUAACCUUAGUAAAUUAGAGUUGGAAGACUUUGAGGUCUUGGAUUUCUGCAUCUCCAUGUCUGUAAGGGAUAGAGUUUCUAACUUCCGAUGGUUAAUAGUGACUGUAUAUGGUCCAGCUCACCAUGACAGAUCUGGGGACUUUCUGAGGGAAUUAGGACAGGGGUUCCCAACUUCUAUUCAGGAUAUGUUACUUCAUUGGCUGCCAAGGAGGCAUGGGAUGGCGUGGUCAAUUUGGAAGAAUAGGAACAAAAUGGCAAUUGAAAAGAAUUAUCCAUCUAACCCUGAUGCUGUGAUUUAUGCGGCUAUCCAUUAUAUGCAGAUGUGGGUAGAUCUUCAGAAGGAGUGCGACAAGACCAAGCUGGAUCAGAUGGCAAAGAGCCUGAGUGAGUGGAUGAAGAACAAGGAAGCGUUUGAUGGCCCCAGUUCAGAUAUCUUUGUCAUGUAA